AUGGUGCAAUCCAGGCCAAUUGCAGAAAAAAACUGGCGGGGCCUGGCGAGAUCGGGGGCGGUGGGCGGUGGAUGGUUGCGGGGUCCAUUGGUAUUUGAUGUGCUGUCUGGUGGCAUGGAGGGAAAGUGCGGCCAGAGAGCAAGUCCAGCACCAGGCAGGACCCCUCCUGCUCUCACUCAUCCCAGCUUUCCACCGCCGACUUCCAUCGUCCCGCGUAAUUGGUCGAGGAGUCUCGUGCUCGGAGAAACUAAACUCUCGUUUCACUGCGCCGUUCCACCAGUUGACCUUUCACAGUAUCAUGGUCCUUGGGCUGUGGGUGCUUGGCUUGCAUCGAACAUCUUCGGAGCUUCUCUUACCGGUCCUGCCUUAGCACCGUGCAGAGCUCCGAACCAGCGUCCCAACGCCGACGAUCCGGGAAAACGACGAGAACCGAGCCAUCAAGCCCAAUGCCCGAAUACCAUUGACGGAGCAAAUUCGGGACCAACGACUCUAUUCUCCCUGUUGAUCCACAGGCCAUCCUCUCACAAGCUAAACUUUAUCCGUCCUCAGGUCUUUUCGCGUUCCUUGGAAUUGUCGCGUAAGGGACACUGGACUUGUGUCUUAGACUGUACUGUCUCCGGAGCUCCGCCUCUUGAUUCCAGACAUUUGAUGGCACAACAGCAGUCCAGACCAUACUCUUCGCUGCCAAGCAAGCUUAAAUAUGCAUAUCCUCCUGGUGUCUGGUGUUCUUGCUGGGCCCCGGGAACACCUUAG